UAACAUCCCUAAAAAUUUGACAGGUAUUUUCAAUAUGGCGGGGUUUGGUGCUUGUAUUAAAUUGUUUCAUUAAAAUUGUUUAAUAUUUUGACUAAACAAUGGUUGUGUGUCCAGCUGAUCAUGGCUUACACGCCGAUAUCGUUUUUGUUAUCGAGGGAACUGCAGUGAAUGGUGCUUAUAUAAAUGACCUAAAAACCAAUUAUAUCAUCCCUUCGUUAGAAUAUUUUAGUCAGGGGAGUAUUGAUGAGAGCAACUUCCUAUCAGAAGGGAUUAAUUCUUAUUACGGAAUUGUGGUGUAUCAGGCUGCUGAUUGCUUACCGCACCCCAGUAGCGACACAAUUGGGCCCUUUGUAAGCCCCAGUAAGGUAUUAAAUGCCAUAGACAAACUUGAACUUAUAGGAGGUAAAGGCGAGUCUCAUGCAAACAUUGCUGAAGGUUUAGCCACAACCCUUCAAUGUUUUGACGAAUUGCAGCAAAAACGUGACAAUAACGGCAACAUUCAAAAGCAUUGUAUUCUAGUGUGUAACUCGCCCCCUUAUUCUCUAGGGGUUUUUGAAACUCAUGCUUACACAGGGAAGACAGCUGAGCAACUAGCAGCUAUUUUGCAAGAAAAAAAUAUCAAUUUGUCGAUUAUCUCGCCGCGCAAAAUCCCCUCGUUGUAUAAACUGUUCGAGAAAGCCGGCGGUGAUUUGAGCGCUUCCCAGACGAAAAACUACGCCAAGGACCCCCGUCACUUGGUCCUCCUGCGCGGCUUCAGCCUGAAGGAGCGCCCCCUGAGCCCCCCUGCCGGUACCGCCACUUCCGCCCAAACCCAAAUUUCUAACACUACCAUUCCUAUAACCUCUCUCCCCAGCCCCUUAGCCAGCAAUGACAGCCCCAUCUCGUCAUCCUCGUCCGCCAACUCCGGGGUUCCCUCAGGAGUGGGCCCAUCGCCCGUCUAUCGGCCGCCCAGCGCUCAAGGUAUGGUGAACGCCCGAGGGGCCAUGAUGGGCAACAACCCCAUGAACAUCCCGCAAUUGCCCGCACCGCCGGGCUACCACCAAGCGAACCGGCCCAGAUGGCCAGCUAUGUUGCCCCCAACGCAGCCCAGGUCGUAUCUGCCGCCCAACCAACAGGUUAAUACCACCCAAAGUAGCGCACUGAUUGCACAGCUGACACAACCCCCGAAUUCUAUGCCGGGGACUGGGGUUAAUCAAUUUGGACAAAUGGGGAAUAAUUCGCCGCUUAAUUCGCAACAGCAACAACCCCAAAUGAAAAUUAAUAUUAUGAAUCAGCAAAAUCAGCAACCAAAUGUUCAGACGUCGAUGUCGCAGAAUCCCAACAGUGGGAUACAGACCACCUCAAUUGCGCAGGUGUCGCAGCCGAAUCAGGCCGGUACUUCCCCUGGACAGAGCACUCCUCAACCAUCUCAACCACUUGGCCCCGGGCGCGAGCGUCCCUCAAUCUGGCAAGGUCUUCUCGAAUGGAUCGAAAAACCCAAAAAUCCAACCGACCAACAAAAAAUCACGAAACAUGUCCCAUGUCAAGUCUCAGCGAAUUCAAAAGACGGCGAACCUGAAUUAAAAGCCGAUGGUUGGCCCUCAAAACUAAUAAUGCAGCUCAUGCCCAAACAACUGAUUGGCAACAUAGGGGGCGCCUAUUUAAAAAAUUCCAAAUCGGUUUUAUUCCACCCCCAACCCUGCGAAGCUUUAGAAUCUCUAACUAAAGUCAUGAGUUCCGGCUUUGCCGGUUGUGUGCACUUUACAAGCACCGCAACCCCCGCCACUUGUGACAUCAAAGUUUUGAUUUUACUAUACACUGCCGAAAAGCGUGCUUAUCUCGGGUUUAUCCCCAACGAUCAAGGCGCCUUUGUUGACCGAUUACGCAAAGUGAUCCAACAACAGAAAUCCACCCAAAUUAUGCGCCAAACACAAGGCGGUGCCGGUCAACCCAUGAACCCCCAAACUUCCGGUGCUCUCACCAUGGGUGGCACACCCCCACAAAUGGGCGGAAGCAACCCCGUGACGUCACAAACCAUGAUGUCUCAAACCAACAACAUGGCUUUGGGUGGGGGACAAAUCACCCAAAAUAUUGUCACUUCAAGUGCCCAAGCUGGGAUUUUGGGACAGGGACCCAGGUUAAGGAUGCAGCAGAACAUACAGCAGGGGAUGGGGCCACAGUCGUCGCAGUCAGCCCCCAAUCAGAACAUGGCGCCCGGAAUGAUGGGCACACCGCCUCAGAGGGCCCCCUUUGAGAAUCAGUUGCAAGUGGAAAGGCAGCAGAAUUUGGAGAAGAUUAAUCAGUUGAAGCAGACGCUGGAAGCAGCUCAGCAACAGGAGCAACAGUAUAAAAGCCAGUUGGAAAGGAUAAGUCAUAUGAAGACGUCGCAGCUACAAGAGGCACUCCAGAUAUGUCAACAGAAUGAAAUGAAAUACAAAAUUCUUGAUCAGCAACAACGAAUGGCCAAUCAAAAUAAUCCACAAGCUGGAAGUGCGCAACAACAACAAAGAAUGAUGAGACCUGUGAUGGGGGCUAAUCCUGGCUUAAGACACUUGUUACAACAGCAACCCCAAUACAGACAGCAACUGAUGAAUAUGCAACAAAUGGCAGGCAACGGACCACGCCCACAAAUGAACCAACAAAUGCAAAACUCGGGGAACAACCAACAGUCCGGGUUUGACGAAGUCUCGUAUGAUUUUAUGUAAUUCUUUAAAAUGUAUAUUGAAACAAAAUCUGUAACAACACUAAAAUAUUUAAAAAAUAUACAACUUUAUUUGCA